AUGCUGCCCAACGAAGUAUCCGUCCUCAUCGUGGGCGGAGGCGGGAGCGGGCUUACAUCGUCGAUUCUUCUGUCUGAUCUCGGCGUGGAAUCUCUCCUGGUCGAGCGACGGCCCAACACAUCCCACAUGCCUAAGGCUGGUGCUCACAACCAGCGCACCAUGGAGAUUUUCCGCCGUCACGGCAUAGCCGAGCAGAUUCAGGCGAUUGGUAUGCCCGCCGAAACUCGCAUUCGCACCACCUGGUUGACCUCACUCGGCGGAGACGGCGAACUCGACCGGCGAGAACUCUUCAGCCUCGAUGUGAAUGGAGAAGGCGUCUUCCGCGAAAUGUUCGAGAGAGACAGUCCCGAACUCUCCGCCGGUCUGGGCCAAUACCUACUCGAACCACUCCUCCGACGAAAUGCAGAGGAACGUAACCUGGGAAAGGUAUGCUUCGGGUUUGAGCUCGAACGUCUGACCGAGAAGAAAGAUUCGGUCGCGGCCGAGAUCCGUGAGGUGGCGACUGGCCAGGUGCACAGCGUUCGUGCACGCUACGUGGUUGCCGCGGACGGAGGCCGCACCGUCGGCCCAAUGCUUGGUGUCUCAAUGAUCGGGCAAACAGGUCUCGCAACCAUGACCAGCCUCUACUUUCGGGCGGACCUUUCCGACUAUGUGAAGGAUGAUGUGGUUGUUCACUGGCUGGUAGGGCCACGUUUCGGAUCCUGGACCGGUGGUGCUCUGGUCAAAGCCGGUCCGAAAAACUGGGAUCGCCAUUCAGAGACGUGGACCAUGCACAUCAUGAUACCGCCGGACGACCCAGAUGCUCAAAACCUUACGAAGGAGCGCGCGCUAGUUCGUGUCCAGGCGCUCCUCAAUCUUCCCGCGCUUGACUCCGAGAUUCUCGGGGUCAGUCCGUGGCACAUCGAAUCAGUGCAGAUUGAAAAGAGCCGCGUCGGGCGUGUCUUCUUUAUUGGUGACGCAGCUCAUCGCCAGCCGCCAACAUCCGGCCUCGGCUUGCAGUCGGCAAUCCAGGACGCAGACAAUCUGACCUGGAAACUCGCGGCUGUGGUCAAGGGUUGGUCAAGUGAAGCCAUUCUCGACACAUACGAGACAGAACGAAGGCCCGUCAUCCAAGAUAAUAUUGAGUAUGCGCUUUUCGCGUUCCAGAACCAAUUCGCUUUCGAAGCCGGCAUGGGACUCACCCACGCCAAGACACCGGAGCAACGCAAGGCAGUCUUUCUCAAAUACCUUGAAGACAGUCCCAUGGGACGCACGCGGCGGGCGGUUGGAGCCGAAGUUUUUGGGACUGGACGGAUGGAACUGGAUCCCCAUGAUCGCGAGAUAGGCUUUCACUAUGAGGAGGGAGUCUUGAUACCUGAUGGAACUCCUGCUCCAUCCCGAGAUCCAAUGGGAAUCGCUUACAUUCCCACCACCCGACCAGGACAUCGACUGCCGCAUGCUUGGCUGAAUGAUAGAGGCAAACGUCUUUCGACUCAUGACCUUGGCAGCGUCGGCAACUUCAUCUUGCUUGUGGGCUCUGACGGCAAGGAAUGGUGUGAAGCCGCAACGCGUUUGGCUAAGGAAUCAAAAAUUCCCGUUGAGGCUUGGCGGAUCGCUGCUGGGGGUGAUGUUGGCGAUCCAACGCGCACUUGGUCGAAGCUCAGCGAAAUCGGCACCGACGGCGCGCUCCUCGUGCGACCUGAUCGCUAUGUGGCUUGCCGCUUCAAAGCCGCCACGACAGAUCCGUACAGGGCGCUCAGUGAGGCGUUUGAAACCCUAUUGAACCCCUCGCCUCCUCAAUGCAACGGCCAUAAAGUAUGA